AUGGCCACCUACUCGGCCCUCGAAAAGCUCCUCAACUCGAGUGGAUCCUACCGUCACUACCGUUCCACGCUCAAAACAUGCUCCACACCCUGUCUACCCUACCUCCCCAUCAUCCUGUCCGAUCUCACCUUUAUGGAGGACGGUAACCCCGACACCAUCUCACAUAUGAUCAAUUUCCAAAAACGCGAGCUCAUCUACCGUGUCAUCUCUGAAGUACAAGCUACCCAACAGGUCAAAUACGAUUUCCCCACCGUCGAACCCAUCCACACUCUUCUCAUUGAAUUGCCAUCUUCCUCUUCCGAAGAAUUGUAUCAACUCUCUAUUCAACGUGAACCAAGAGAAUCAAAUAAUAAUAAUCCAAAUAAUAAUAAUAAUAUUAAUAGCGGCGGUAGUACUCUUACCGCAUCAUCAAGUACAACUAGCAGUAACUUAUCCAAUUCACAACAAUAUGGUACCAUUAGUAAUCAUGUAAAUAUUCAUCCCGAUAUGCUUAAAAAAUUAAGAGAUAAAGAUUUUAGAUAA